UUCCAAAAAUCGGCUGAGAGGGAACCGGGAUUUGUAUGCACAAGAGGUAACGCUGGAAAUAUUGAGAUUGGCUGAUUGCCGUCCCUCAGCUUUGGGGCCAGUCUACCUCCACAGUGUAACCAUGAGGACCAGCUGUCUAAUUCUGCUCUCUGUUCCCGUCCUACUCUUUGCACAGCAGCUUGAUGUCACAGAAGAUUUCCUCAACCAACAACCCGUGGAUAUUCCAGCGCUGGAUUCUUCAGUCCAGCAGCAGGUCAUUUUAGAACCACAGCUCGACCCUUCUCCUACUGAGAUUGAGUUUCAAACAGAACCGACUGAACCUGGACCCCUUGAUUGUCGAGAGGAGCAGUAUCCCUGCACCAGACUCUACUCGGUUCAUAAACCCUGCAGACAAUGCCUGAAGAGUCUUUGCUUCUACAGCCUACGCAGAGUGUAUGUGGUGAACAAGGAGGUGUGUGUGCGGAUGGUGUGCGCACAUGAAGAGCUGCUCCGGGCUGACUUUUGCCGUGACCAGUUUUCUCGAUGUGGCGUAGUUGCCUUGACUGGGCAGUGUGGAAUUAUGGGUAGGAGCUGCCUGAAGAGCUGCAGAAGCUGUUAAGGCUGCAGGAGGUAGAGAGAGAUGAGACCUGUGCAUCAGAAUCCAGUCCUCAAACCCCUGCCUCUCACUUUACUCCUCUCUCCCAGAACACAGCCCCACUCUCCAUAUAUUUCAAUCUUCUGUCUCUCUUCUCCACCUUCCUCCAACUCAAGUGUAUAGAAAUAUAUAUUAUACUCAUAUCUAAAUGUAUAUUUUAGUGGCCGCACGUCACUGACAUUAAGCACCAGUCAUUCAGCUUCACAU